UCUCCACAUCUAAUAAAUCCAAUUGUCAAAUAAUAUGAAUUUCGUUUUCAGAAUGUUGAGCGGCGGGAUGUGGCCACGCAAUGCAACACAUGUUGCCAAAACCAAGAACCGACAGAACUCGUAGGCACCGAAGAGGCUCUAUCUCAGGCUCAAUCUCAGUUCAAGCAAAAGGCUGCCGAAUUAAGUCGCGCCGCCGACAUGCCUUUCAUUUGCUGACUUUGUUGACGACGAAGUCGUGCUUCAGAUGCUAUCGGGAAUCGGUUACAGUGGUGAGUGGUUUACCUCGCCAGAACUUAGCCACUUCAAGUCUGACACAACUCUGUUAGCUGCUCGCCAAAAAGUGGACACGUGGGAGAAUUUGCAGGCCAAGGGUCUUCUUCUCGUGGAUCACUCUGCUAUGGACACUAUUGUGGGGAAUUUCCAGACGGCAGCUGGAAGAACAGUUUUCAACAUAAUGUUAACGUAUGUCGGAGGACUGGUCCUAGCAGAGGAUGAAGCGCUGACUUAUGCGAAAACUGAAGGAGACCGCCAGAUUAUUGAUACCGCUCAUGAGGUCUUCCCACUCUCACAAAGACAAAAGUCUUGAAACGCUGAUUUUACCGACACGAAGACCAAGACGUAUGCUUGCCCUCUGUGUGGAAUGGUCCAGACUAACAAUGCCAAGCAGCAUAUUGUUUACAGGUGUUCGAAGGAAGAUGAAACAGAUGAGGCUAUGAAGAAGAAGAUGAAAUUAGCAGCGUUUAUUAAAUCUAAUAGGUUUCUCGUAAAACUUAACAAAGUAGAGUAUUUCUCUACCUUACUUCCCCCUGCGGAUGUAAUUUGCCUCAAGUAUUUAAUUUAUGUCAUGGGGGGAUCGCAUGUCAAUGGUCUAGAUAUCAUUAGUUUUAAAGAGUUGUAAGAGAAAAUAGUAGUGACUAAUAUAA